AUGCCAAGAGAGCCGCAACCCCGCCGACUCCGGGCAUCCCGGAGGCCUCCCUACGCCAGUACCACCACACAACCGGCGGAACCUGUGUCGCGGCCACAGACGCGACCUCGUACGCUCCGGAUUUCCGGUAUCCCGCUAUGUGCCACGAAGGAGGAGUUCGGGGCCUAUCUGAAAGAACUACUCGGAUACGAUGGUUUCAUAUUCUCGCUAGUCCGUUCGAAGCACUAUGCGGUGGCGACUGUUACUCCCACGACGGAGGAACCAGAUCCCGCAGCUCUUCUGGGAUGCGCUCCGUGCAAAAAAGUCUACAAGUGCUACCGGGAAACUGGAGUCGAACUGGUCGUGGACUGCGACUUUCUCGGUAUAACCCCAUUAUACAGUGCGGACGAGCCGACAGUGGAGUACAUUGUCGCCGUUACAGGCCUUGCUGGUCAUGCGUAUGGAUCGUGGAAGUCGCGCAAUCGGCCCCGGAUGUGGUUGAGGGACUUCUUGCCACGGGAUCUGGAAGGCCAAGGCUAUAAAGUGAGGGUUCUCACCUUUGGCUAUGGCUCGGCUCUCAACGACGACGCGUUUUCGCCUUCCAUCCAAGUCUUUGCGAGAUCGCUCUUCGACAGUCUGAGCAGCGAACGUCAAGGCGAGAAUGCACUCGCGGAUGCAUCCCAUCAAAACGACAAGUUCGAAAAGGAUCAAGCUCUCCUAGGCUCAUGUGCUGCUCUCUUUUUCUUCGGCGUCCCCAACCGAGGACUCAAUAUCGAGAAUUUGAGGACUUUGGUGAAGGACCAGAAGAACGAAUACUUCAUCAACGACCUACGAGUCGACUCGGAGCUCUUGAGACAAUCCCAUCAACGUUUCUUGCACGGAGUCGAACUGCAAAAGUGCCGGAUCACAUCGUUUUUCGAACUCCGAGACACUCAAUCUGUCGUCAUCCGCGACGGGAGCUGGUCAAGAAGUGGUGAGAUGAUACGGGUAGUGACACGGGAAUCGGCAACCUACUCUCUUCCCACUGAGUCCAUCCAUAUGCAACUGGGGAUCAAUGCCGACCACUCCAACAUGGUAAAAUUCACCGACCCCACCGAUAGUGACUACACGACAGUAAGGGAUAGACUGUCAGAGUGUGUCAAGAACGCACCGCGCAUCACUGAAGCCGGUGGGGUAGCAGGGACAAAACAUGAAGAGCCUUUAUUCAUGGUACCUACCUAUCAAAAUCCGGUUUUUGUCGGACGCGAGGAGAAAUUUCGCCAACUCGAGACGUUGCUAGUAAGCCCCGGGGGUGACAGCCAACGGCGAGCCGCUCUAUACGGACUCGGAGGAAUUGGGAAAACAGCCAUUGCCGUCGAACUGUGUCACCGAACGAAGAAAGCGCGGCCACGGACCCACGCCUUCUGGAUACAUGGCAACUCGCAUGAAAGCUUCAACAGCAGUUACCUGGAACUGGGAAGCGAAGCCGGUCUCCUGGGUAACGGUGGCAUGGACGAGGAGGGGCAGCUAAAGGGUGUCAAGAAAUGGUUGGACAGUCCUGCUAGCGGUGACUGGAAUUUGAUCAUCGACAAUUUCGAUGAGGUCGACUUGUACGUGGCGAAAUACCUUCCGGUAAAGCGCGGUGCCAUCUUGUUUACAACACGCGAUCGAAGACUCGUCGGAAACCCUGCAUAUGUGCCGCCCAGCGCUGGCGUGGGCAUCCACGAAAUGGGCGACUCCGACGCAGCAGAGAUGUUCUCAAAGCUUUUGGCCAGUGACGUCACCGUUCCGAUCCACACGCUAGAUGUUCUCGAGCUGUUGAAUCUGCUGGACAAACUGCCGUUAGCAAUAGCACAGGCAGCAGCAUAUAUACGAGAAACCGAGACGGAAAUUCCAGAUUACUUGAAGAUGUUCAAAGAAUGCGAGCGCAACCAACAGGAGCUCAUGAGCGCAGCUUUGCCAGUUUCAACCGAAGACGGCGACAGACACGGCUCACGCGCGGUGAUGACGACGUGGAAACUCACCAUCGACGAAAUCCAGCGCGACAACCCUGCCGCUGUGCAGCUGCUUGAAGUCAUGAGCUUCCUCAGCCCGGAUGAGAUACCAAAAGCCAUCUUGGAACAUGUCCCGUUCCUUGACAAUAAAAGCCCAGUACUAUUCAAGAAAACCAUUGCACCACUUCUUAGCUUUUCCCUACUCUAUAAACUCGAAUCUUCGGAUUAUCGCUUACACCGUCUCGUUGGGUUCUGGGUCCGGACGCAGAUGGACUCGGAAGACACGCAACGAAGAAAAACCGUUUUGGAGACAGUUUUGAGUUUGUUAGAUGAUAGUUUCCCAGUCGACCGCCUUGCGAAUCACCGCCAAUGUAUGCGCCUAGCGGCGCAUGCAGUCACCGCACUGGGGCACACCCCGAAUGAUUACCACCAUAUGCGUUCUGGUCUACGACUACAGGAACAGUUGGGAAGGGUUCUGCAAAAUAACAAGGAUGGCGCAGGUGCUAUGCAGUGGUACCGGCGGGCACUUGAUGGCUAUGAGAAGAUCUUCGGUGAAGGCCACCCUGACACUCUCGGCACGGUUCACAACAUGGCCCUCUGUUUUCAGCAGCAAGGGGAUCUGGAUAAGGCCUUGACGUUGUACCGGCGGGCGCUUGAUGGCUAUGAGAAGAUCUUCGGUGAAGGCCACCCUGACACUCUCGGCACGGUUCACAACAUGGCCCUCUGUUUUCAGCAGCAAGGGGAUCUGGAUAAGGCCUUGACGUGGAACCAGCGGGCGCUUGAUGGCUGUGAGAAGAUCUUCGGUGAAGGCCACCCUGACACUCUCGGCACGGUUCACAACAUGGCCAUCUGUUUUCAGCAGCAAGGGGAUCUGGAUAAGGCCUUGACGUUGUACCGGCGGGCGCUUGAUGGCUAUGAGAAGAUCUUCGGUGAAGGCCACCCUGACACUCUCGGCACGGUUCACAACAUGGCCCUCUGUUUUCAGCAGCAAGGGGAUCUGGAUAAGGCCUUGACGUGGAACCAGCGGGCACUUGAUGGCUGUGAGAAGAUCUUCGGUGAAGGCCACCCUGACAGUCUCCGCACGGUUCACAGCAUGGCCGUCUGUUUUCAGGAGCAAGGGGAUCUGGAUAAGGCCUUGACGUGGAACCAGCGGGCACUUGAUGGUCGUGAGAAGAUCUUCGGUGAAGGCCACCCUGACACUCUCCGCACGGUUAACAGCAUGGCCGUCUGUUUUCAGGAGCAAGGGGAUCUGGAUAAGGCCUUGACGUGGAACCAGCGGGCACUUGAUGGUCGUGAGAAGAUCUUCGGUGAAGGCCACCCUGACACUCUCCGCACGGUUCACAGCAUGGCCCUCUGUUUUCAGGAGCAAGGGGAUCUGGAUAAGGCCUUGACGUGGAACCAGCGGGCGCUUGAUGGCUAUGAGAAGAUCUUCGGUGAAGGCCACCCUGACACUCUCCACACGGUUCACAGCAUGGCCGUCUGUUUUCGGCAGCAAGGGGAUCUGGAUAAGGCCUUGACGUGGAACCAGCGGGCGCUUGAUGGUCGUGAGAAGAUCUUCGGUGAAGGCCACCCUGACACUCUCCGCACGGUUCACAGCAUGGCCGUCUGUUUUCGGCAGCAAGGGGAUCUGGAUAAGGCCUUGACGUGGAACCAGCGGGCGCUUGAUGGUCGUGAGAAGAUCUUCGGUGAAGGCCACCCUGACACUCUCCGCACGGUUCACAGCAUGGCCGUCUGUUUUCAGGAGCAAGGGGAUCUGGAUAAGGCCUUGACGUGGAACCAGCGGGCACUUGAUGGUCGUGAGAAGAUCUUCGGUGAAGGCCACCCUGACACUCUCCGCACGGUUCACAGCAUGGCCCUCUGUUUUCAGCAGCAAGGGGAUCUGGAUAAGGCCUUGACGUUGUACCGGCGGGCGCUUGAUGGCUAUGAGAAGAUCUUCGGUGAAGGCCACCCUGACACUCUCGGCACGGUUCACAACAUGGCCCUCUGUUUUCAGCAGCAAGGGGAUCUGGAUAAGGCCUUGACGUGGAACCAGCGGGCACUUGAUGGUCGUGAGAAGAUCUUCGGUGAAGGCCACCCUGACACUCUCCGCACGGUUCACAACAUGGCCCUCUGUUUUCAGGAGCAAGGGGAUCUGGAUAAGGCCUUGACGUGGAACCAGCGGGCGCUUGAUGGCUGUGAGAAGAUCUUCGGUGAAGGCCACCCUGACACUCUCGGCACGGUUCACAACAUGGCCAUCUGUUUUCAGCAGCAAGGGGAUCUGGAUAAGGCCUUGACGUUGUACCGGCGGGCGCUUGAUGGCUAUGAGAAGAUCUUCGGUGAAGGCCACCCUGACACUCUCGGCACGGUUCACAACAUGGCCCUCUGUUUUCAGCAGCAAGGGGAUCUGGAUAAGGCCUUGACGUUGUACCGGCGGGCACUUGAUGACUAUGAGAAGUUAUAUGGAGAAUACCACCUUAAUGCUCUCAACGCCGCCAGCGAUGUUGCGAAUGCCCGCCGACUUCUCGCCGGCCAGCAAUCGAGCGUAGUGUAG